CCGCCAGGAUGUGACCGCCCGGCCAUCACAGGUGGCCACUCCCCCCGUCACGGUGCACGGUCCUGCCUGCGCCCCAUCCCGCCGCAUCCCGCAGCAUCCCGCAGCAUCCUGGAGGCGAGCGCGCGCCACUACACCACUGCCCCUGACUCCUCCUCGCAGCGUCGGUCGCCAUCCAUCCCCUCUCCUCCGGCACCAUAACAGAUGGUGGCAACAACACCGCAUCCGCCGGGUACCACAGCAGCAGAGCGCAGCAUCCCGACCGGACGCCGCCGGCCCUCGCCCCGCCAUGCUCCCCGUGCAGCGGCUGUGAGCGCCGCCGUGAUUUGAUUCACGCGGUGCCGCCGACGACACCGCGGCCACGGAGGAGCCUUCCUUGCGACUGUUCUGGGCUCUCCAUCGCGCGGGGGAAGAUGGCCGCGAUGAAAAUAUUAACCAGCACCGGGCUCUUCUUGGCGUUCUGCGCGCUCGGGCUGCUCGCCAUGGCGAUCUGCACCGACUACUGGUACGAGACGGACGCGCGGCGGCACCGGGAGCGGUGUAAAAACUACGCGAACAAGCGCAACGACCCGGGCUACAUCUACAUCUCCAACCACAACCUCCCGCUCCAGAUGCCUCCGAGGAGCCUGCAGAGGAAAGGGAACGGCCCGGACGCCGCCGCCGCGCUCGUCAGGGGGAAGCGGCACUUCGUGGCCGCGGCGUCCGCCAUGGAGUCCCACUGCAACCGGCAGUUCAACUCCACCGUGUCCGGCCUGUGGAGGAAGUGUCACCGGGAGGGAUUCGACCUGGAGACCGAGGACCUCAUCUACAAAGGAGUAAUUCAAAGAUGCACCCCAGUCAAGUAUCACUACACUUCGUCCAUCCUACCACGGAAUUUACCCGUCAACAUCACAAAGACCAUACGACAGGAUGAAUGGCAUGCACUCCAUCUAAGAAGAAUGACGGCCGGCUUUGUGGGCAUGGCUGUGUCCAUCAUUCUCUUUGGCUGGAUCAUCGGAGUGCUGGGAUGUUGCCAGCAGCAUGACCUCAUGCAAUAUGUAGCUGGGCUACUCUUUCUCAUGGGAGGAACAUGCUGCAUCAUCUCCUUGUGCACAUGCGUGGCAGGAAUCAACUUUGAGCUAUCCCGCUACCCCCGCUACAUGUACGGCCUCCCUGAGGACAUUAGCCAUGGCUAUGGCUGGUCCAUGUUUUGUGCCUGGGGGGGCCUCGGGCUCACAUUGCUGGCCGGCUUCCUCUGCACCCUGGCCCCGUCCCUGAGCACGCCCGCUCGCACGACGACCCACAAGCCAAGGCAGGAGAAUGGAACCGUGUGACAGGACUCAGGCAUUGUGAAUCAAUUGACCCACCGAACACAGAAAACCACACCCUUCCAACUUUGAUGUGCAACUCUGAAACAGUUUUUGUCUGAUCACCGUCUCACGCCAUCCUCGACAUCGCCAUUCCCCCCUCAGUGUUUUCAGUGUGCCUGAGUUGUGACAGAAUGGAGCAAAAUAAUGACAAAACUUCACGCACUCAAUUUCGAAAAAUCCCAGAAGGGACCUCCAGGAACAGCAAGAGCAACACCUACGUAACAUAAGACGGAGGCAUGGCUCUCACAGCACAAAUAAGACGUUUUUUGGUUCCGAUUUUUGACAUGCAGACUUUAUUGUGGUCUAAAAAUGACUGUUUUCUCUGAAGAGAAUUUGUCUUAAAAUGGUGCUCUCUUAGAUGCUUACAGCCACAUACACUCCCAAACGAACACACACACACACACACACACACACACACACACACACACACACCAGCUUGUCCACACAUGCUCAGUUACUCUGGGUGAAUCAUGAGAGAAAUCAUCCAGAAGGAACAAAUCCACAAAUAUCAGGCAUCCUGUCAGCAUUCCUCUUUCAGUCGAGUGAUGUGUGCUGUGUUAUUGUUCGUUAUGAGAAAAAAAAAAAAAAGGAGAAAAUAGUCAGGCGUUAACUGCCCAUUGUCUAUCUCUAGUGUAUCACACUUACCAAUGUCAAACAUGAGCCCAGGUGAUAGAACGUCUGCAGCCUCUGCAGAGCAACAAAGUGGAUCUAGCAGCGUGGUCCAUUCGAUAAAAUACAUUGAAAAGAAAGAAGAAAAAACCAACAUUUGAUGCUUCUUUAAAGAGUCUAUAUGUACAAAAUGCAUCUCUACGUAGAUCCAGAUCAUUCUUUGUGUAAAGUAGAUUUGAAUAAGAAUGUCUGUUUUCUGUUUAUUCAGAGGUGAGGACGGCUGAUCGCGUGGGCAAAGAGUGACAUGAGAAAGAAUCCGAGAUGUAUUCAAUAACAUGAAGGUAUAUAUUAUGGUAUUAGGUGAAAAAGAAACAGGGCUAUAGAAUAAAGCAUUGAGUCACAGUAACUGCUGAGCUGUGACUUAAAUCUGCUGUGCUGUUACCGGCUGUGAAAGACCCGGUUGUUUGCUGACAGCUGAAUCACAACCUGACGAGAGCAAAACAAGAAACCGAACUGUGGAGGAUGUAUUUCAUUACUCCAUUGUUUACCCUUAAUAUUGGUCAGCUGUUUUGUGAAAUAUUCUGGAGUACUAGCAAGUUAAGCAACUUUAGAAGAAAAAAAGUACAACUCAAUCUAAAAACAAAAGCACAAGCUGUAUUCCUGUUUUUCAUCUCCACUGAAUUCAGAAACAUAGUGAUGUUCCACAGUGGUAGAGGGCCAAAGUCAACUGAAAUCAUAAAAUCAUAUGUUUUGUUCUGUUUUCCUGGUGGUUCAAUAACACAAUCAGUAAGGCCUGUAAAGGCUUGUUUCAUUACAUUCAUUGGCAAUCAGCAUGUCAUUCAGUUUGCACACGUACGUAUCAGGACAACCAAACAAAUUACAGUUAAAUGGACUGAAUCCUCGUCAAGUUAUUUCAGUCGUCUGUAUGUUUAUGAUUCAAUAGCUCAACUGAGAUUGCAUCAGAAAAGCACAAAAGGUAAUUAAGAAAAACUCACCAUCCCACAAUGAAAGGCACAAUAUGUAUAUACUUUUAAAACAAAACCUAAAAAAAAAUGAGGGUCAAAAUUAGAUAAGUAAAUCCAUUUGGGUUUGAUUGAUCUGUGGAACACAUCUUGUAUUAUCUCUUGAUGAGUGAAAUACAUAUUAAUUGUGUUCUAACUUACAGAAUGGUUCACUACACCGUGUAUUAUGUAGUGUGUGUAAGGAACAUGGGAGUUAUCAAAUUUUUCUCUAACCUUUGAAAUUCAAUUCUUGGAUUAGAAAUGCAUCCAAAUCUGCUGUUGAAAAAAAAAAGCACAAAUAGUGAUUUAGAAAAUGCUCUUGACUGCAGAGGAGUACAUUAAAAGUUCUUAUCCAAGUAGUGUGUUUUUAAUCGUGGCAUAUUCACAUGAGGAAAAUGAAGAAUACUUAAUUGGCUUUAUUGUCCAACAGUUAUAAAAAGCAGGCAGAUGUUUUGCGUAGACACCAGCUGUGUUUUUGUUUUGUUUUGUUUUUUAAACAACAAAAUGAGUAAAAGUAAAGUAAUAAAUCCUUGUAAAACAUUUUUGAUUUGAAAUUGGAAAUGCCAUUUAAUAUUAUCAGAUGGACUGUUACACACCUUUGAUCGCGUCAUUGGUACAAAUUAGAAAAAUGCCAUCAGUUUUUUCUCACAAAAAUUGUACACACCGUAUGUAGUAUUAGACGGGACCACUGCUUGAAAACAGGGUGAAGCACUUAAGACUGUAAAUGGUGACGGUGUUGGAUGCAAAUAUGUUGAUUACAGGAGAUGAGUCAUGAGAUAUUCUAUCAGCAAUGUCAGUUAACAUUUUUAGAAAGAAAAAAAAAAGCCAGAAACCACUUUCCUGAAGUCAAGAGCAGCAUUAACCGAGGCAUGAUUGAAAACAGUCCAGUGUCUUUGUUGAAUCUUUGCACUUUGCUGAGUCCUAUAAAAGUCCGUGAGCCUGAAGUCCUCGCAGGUGAAGUGACAUUAUAUACAGUAUGUUUCCAAGGCCACAAAUGGGAGCAAAAAAUGACCGGAGCAUGUAGGAAGCACCCAGUUGUGUCUUUUACCAAGUGUUAGGGUUUAUACCAUGUUGUGUGAAUAGGUUCAGUCAGUGCAGGCUCUUAUUGUGAAAAUAUUUAAGGCUCUUAUCAUGAAAAUAUUUAUGCCAGAAACAUGGACAUGCCAUAAAUAUAGAAAUAUUUAUACACAUGGUCAUUGCAUUGACAAUUGAGUCGGUGUAUUUUCUGACAUCCCGCGGCUCACAGAAUGCAACGCUGUCUGGUGUUUUUGGUUUUAUGACGUUUUAAGUUCACAGACUGAUACACGGUAAUUCAGUAAUUGAAUUAUUACUGUGAGCAGUAAACUGUAAUGUAUAAGUAUGAUAUUACGUGUCGUUAGGAGUGAAGCACAACUGCACACAAAUCUUAAAAUUUUUCUUUUCUUUUUCUUUCAUUUGUGUGUGUAUGUGUGCGUGUGCGUGCGUGUGUGUGUUCCAGUACUGAUGAUUUGCCACGUGCAGGACUUUCUCUAAUAGUAUUCCAAGCAAAAAAAAUUGGAUCCACAUGUUUACACCCCCAUAUCUCAAAUUGUAAAUUUCAAAUACACAAAUGCAUAACAAUGUCUAUAUUUCGAAACAAAGAUUUUUGUUAUUGGUUGGAUUCAGCUUCAACAUAGGGCAGCAGCACACGGUAGCAAGGUUUACAAAACAUGAAAAAGAAAAUGUACGUUUGGAGAACGAAUGAGGUCAGCACAAUGUGUCGACGUAUCUGAAAUUUGUUGUAAAAUCCCUCUCAAGUCGCAACUUCCUGUGUUUCAUGAUGAAUUUAGAAAAUGUACUCCGUGCAAUGAGAGAUGCCCCUGUGAAAAACGCCGCCGUUCAGCGUGGCACUCGUUUCAGUAGCACAGCUUUUAUUUUCUACAAGUCAUUUAUACUGGUUCAAUCCACUGCAGAUGUUCUGUGGGAACUAGGAAGACAGUUCAGUCUUGCAUGAUCUCAUUACAGCUAGUUUCUUUGAAAUAUAUUUAAAACCUGUGUCCAUUUUUAAUUGAUUUAUUUUACUGAAAUAAAAUAUGUAAUUAUUAA